AUCUGUUUUAAAUCAGGCCAUGGAAACGGCCGGGGACUGCUACUAUAUAAGAACAUAUAGCACACUGCGAAAGCCCAGAGCCGCUGGUUGUAACUAACGUCAGACAGACAUUCUCCAGAUGAUAAAAUCUUAGUAGGAAAGAUGCUCCCACAAACUUGGAUUGUUGUAAUUGUGUGUGGUGCUACAUUGUAUACUACAGAUGCACAGAUAGUUGGAUGGACCGUCCCAAGUAUCACAGGCGCAAAUGGAACAGGAACAAUUACAAUUCCUGAGGGCCAAGCUACGGGUGCAACAUCAACUACAUUUUCAGCCACCCCAACUAGUCCCGAUACCAUAGCGUCUUACACCCUACUGACUUCCAGUUCUACUUUCUCGGUUAACUCUACUUCUGGUCUCCUCACCCUAGAUACUGCACUCGAUUUUGAAACAACAACAAACUUCACAUUAGAAAUCGAAGCAGUUGAUAGUGCCUCAAAUAAUGGAACUGCAACUGUUUUAAUUACCGUCACAGACAACGUUGCCCCAACAUUCAGUGCUUCAUCCUACACAGCCUGCGUUGCUGAUGCUUCUACAGCAGGUCAGUCCGUGACGACGCUAACGGCAACUGAUCAGGAUGGAGAUAACAUUACUUACAGCAUAUCUUCUGGAGACACAAGCAACGACUUCAAAUUUUUUGCUGCCGAACUUCAGGUCAAUACAGGAGUUACUCUGAACCAAACAACUACAGCAAACUACACGCUUGUUGUUCAAGCCGUAGAUGAGGAUCCUCCGACUCCAAAUACUGCGAAUACAACUGUUAUUGUAACCGUAGGUGAUUGCAGCAGCGCGACGGAAAAGACUAUCAGUAUCAUGACCAUUCUUAUGGCUAUGGCUAUGUCGUUACAAUAACUAUUUUAAACAUUUAACUUAAACUAAUUUCUUCAUAUUAUACACUUUAAUUAUAUCGCCAAGAGUAACCCUCAACGCAGUUAACGUUAAUGAGUUCAAUGAAAGGAAAUAUCCUAAGGUAUGACCCAUGUAAUAAUGUACCUCCUGUUGCAGGGUAUUCAAUUCCUACAAUAAUCUUACAUUAACUUAAAUGUUUCAGGGGGUUUUGUUCCAGUCCCAACAGGACCCUUUUUUCCUUGCAUUACUUUUUUUCUUGUAAGUUUUUACUUUAUUUCAUGACAUUAUUGAUUUAUCUACUAUUUACAGAAGUGAAACAUUUUCUUUUGAUACCAGUAAGUGAUUUCUUGCUGUUUAAGGUAAAUCUACCUCUGAAACAGAGGGGAGCAGCUUUAGACAUCUUUAUAAGUACUAAGUUACAUGUGGUAAAAAUAUCUAUUUUGUUUUUACUCUUUCGAUGAUAUAUUGUGGAAAAAUGUAGGUAGGUUUACUUCGGCUCCAAUUUCAUUUAUGAACGAAGUGAGCAAAAUUACAGUCCAACAGGACUCGACCUUAAUGCUUCAAUGUUGGAGUUAGAAUUCUGUCUCAUAUAGUCCUUUUACUUCGGGCAGCCUAGAGAAAAUGAUAUACAUAUUUUUUUUGUUGAGUUUUAUACUUGUUUACCACUAGUUUGAAGUUUCUAACAUCAUUUCAAAACGUUUUAUAUGAAUGACUAAAUAUGGAAGUUUUCAUUUUUAAAAUGCUGGAAAUGAAAAUAAAAAAAUGUAUCAUUUUAUUAUUUUCAAAGAUGAUAAGUGUUUAAUCAAGUUUUAGGGGUAUCCCAUUUUAAAAGAAACAAUUGUGUCAGUGUUACGUACAGAAUUUAUUCAUUAUAUAAAUGUCAUCAACUGAUCUAAAAUUUUAAUUUACAUUAAUUGGUUUGGCAAAUCAAGUCGAGAAAUGUUUUCUCAACUUCUGUCAGAAUUCUUAUACAGUACUCUAAUAUUUCCACUUUGGCCUUUAAAGGUAUUUCAGUAUUAUAGGUGAGACGACUGAACGGCUCUGGACAAAAUAAUACUGAGUUAAUUACCUGAAAAUUUAUAAACUUAACUAUGAUGAUUAUUGGAAUAUUUGAUUUAGAUUGGAGUCUAUUAACAACAUAAAGCCUGAAGGUCUGAAAGAAAAAAGUCGUCUUGACAUUACCAAGAAUGUUAUCAAAUUGAAUCAGAAAUGAGUAAGUGUCCAGUCGUGUAUGUCUACUCCCUAUAGUACCACAUGUGAUGUGUUUGUGUGUAGUAUUGUAGCAUUAAAGAAAUGAUGUCAAUAAUGAGACAUAACCGUAUCGAUGUUUGCGUCUUUUCUUGUAUUAAUAUGAAUAUUUUGUAUUGCCGUAAAGACCUUUAUUUAAUAACUAAUGUAAGAAAUAGAUUAUAAUUAUUGAUAAAAACCUUUUUGUGGAAAGUAAAGUUUUCAUUUACAAGAAAUGGAAUGUAGUUGAAAUAUAUUCAGUACUUUGAUGUCAUAAUGAAAAGUUAUUGUUGAUACACGUAAAUUUGAUAAGUGUAAAAACUAAAAUUCACCAUAAAUCGUCAAUUCAGUAUGUAUAAAGUUUCUAAACUUGUAACAACUUGGUUUGGUCUAUCUACAAAAUAAAGCAAUACAAGACAAA